AUGGAAGAACACUCAUCCUCAUCAAUCUACUCUGGACAAAAAGGAUUUUCCCAAUCUAUUAGCUUCUACUCUGUAGAAAUGAACCAAAAACAUAACAAUGCUAUAAAGGAAGACUUGAUAAGUUCAUUUCGUGCAACUGGUAUAGCUCCUCUAGAUGCUGAACGGGUUCUGCGAAAAAUUCCAAGCCAAACUACUGAUACGAAUACUGAAGAUGCGCUGGGCAACGUUAUUGUAGGAUAUCUGCAACAGCAGCGUUUCAUGGUAGGGCCAUCAAGAAGGAAUAUGAGGCGUCAAAAGCUGUCUGUAGAGCCUGGGAAAAGUGUUGUUCCAAAUGAAGAAUCGAGUGACUCGGAUCGAUCCUCAUACUAA